AACGUUUGGAAUUGUCCCGCGACCAGCAAAUUACACAUCCCUCCUGGAUACGAAACAUCUGGACAACUGAAGGGCUCAGAGGAGCUUAAAGUGAGACAGCUGUGAGACAGUACAGCAGACAGACUCUGGUCGCCGACAUGAAUCUUGCUCUGCUGGCGUCUGUCUUGUCUUUGCUGGCCACAGUGGCAGCUCAGCCAUAUGACCACUAUGACAUGGGCUGGGUGAAUGGCUACCGCCAGGGCUUCAACUUCCAGUGCCCCCAUGGAGAGCUCCUGGUUGCCAUCAGGAGCUACUUCAGUGAGAAGGAAGGCUCGGACCGACUGUGGUCUUUUGAGUGCCAGCCUGUACCUGAGAAUCUGGGUGAGCCAAGCGACUGCUGGUGGGACGACAUCAACCGAGCCGGAUUGGAGUGGACAUCCACCUGUACCCGGAAUGGCCUGGUGGCGGGCGUUCAAAGCAAGUACUUUGAAUCCACCCUCGACCGCGAAUGGCAGUUCUACUGCUGCUACUACAAACGCCGCUGUCCGUACUCCUGCAUGAAGACCACCGACGUUCCUGAAUACUACAGAGAGGAGGGAGAGAUGGUCAUCCCUGCUUAUGGCUACUUCAUCCGAGGGGCCCAGACCACAUUCAGCGGAGUGCUCAGAGAUCGGCAGUGGAAGUACAUCUUGUGCAGACUGACGGACUUUGACUGUGAAUUUGAGAAUUUAUAGUCCUUGUAAGGAGGGUCUUAUUUACACACAAACAUGUGAAAACAUAUAACCACUAGUUAUUCAGCCGUACCACAGUAACGACAAAGCAUAAACGUAUUAAAGCUCUUGUUUAUGUCUUUUCAUGUAAUAAAUAGACCAACUUAAGGAA